AACACAUUCUAUGCGCGUUUGUCGUAUCAACAAUAAUGGCGUAGUAGUAGUGUUUAUUUUCCUUUACGUUUAUUUGAUUUGUUCUCGGGACGCUUCAUUAUAGUCGAAAUAAUUAUUUCUUACAUCAAUAAUCUCUGCUAAAAUUCUCUAAAGAGUUUUGAGAUUUUUUGUGGGUUCUCAUUGUGAAGAAUCUUUCCUUAUUCUUUGGCAUAUUUGUAGAAAAUGGAUACACUCGAUACGGAAAUUUGCGGUUUUCUGAGUGUGAAAUUGGUGGGAAGUAGAUUUAUCGCGCAGAAAGUAAGGAAGAAGACUUUGACGUUGUCGAAGGUUUGGAAACGAUUGUGGUGUUCUAUAAAAAAAUUAGAACCCGGCCUCGGCGUGCAAGUACAGUUUGACACUAAGCUCAUUUGUGGUGGCAGUGCUUCUGCAAAACAAGGUGAAAAAGGUAGUUGCAUCAUAAUACCGCCAAAUGCGGUGGUAUAUCGCAUUCGGUCUAAAACGAAGCAAUAUGCGUUUGCUGUAUCAUCAGCGAAAGACAGAAAUCCCUUGCUGUCAUUGUCCGCUAAUUCGGAAACUGAGACACAGCACUGGAUGGCAAAUAUUAGACAAUUGUUGAAACCUAGAAGACAUUGUUGCAUGGAGAAGUUUUAUAGCGUGUCCAUGGUUGAUAACGCGCAUUCCAAGGCAUCAGGUUUAACUGGUUUGUAUGGAGAUUUGAUUGCCAACGAUACAGGAAUUUUUAUCAAAGAUGUUUAUACCGGUGAAACGAUUGAAUCUUUCGAAUGGAGGGAAUUUAGUCAAUUUCACUUAAUGACAGCAGGCCGUCCAGAAGAUGUGAAACGUAUUUGUGUAAUGCAUACCACUAAAGAGUCUCGUUGUGGUAUUGGAGAACUCUAUAUAUUUUGUCUCGAGGCUAAUAAAUUAUUACAAGAUUUAGUGACACAGGGUCGUGGUCCAAAACAAAAAUCUUUGAAUUUUGACACAGAGGAUCUUGAACCAGUGAUGCACCAUUAUAAAAUUAAUAAUCAUCUUUCACAGCUAGAAAAUAAUACAUCACUUCAUAUUCUUGACACAGAGGCUAAUUGUUUAAGGGCAUCAACCUGCACUAAAAUCAUAGAGAGUAUAUAUGAAUCAGAACCCAAUCUGAUAUACAGCGAGAAAGUUGAUUCUUAUAAUCCCAAGAUAUCAAAUACUUCUAUUGCUUCUGGAAUUUAUGAAGAAAUUGUAGACAAUAUAUGUUCUUCUAAGCAACAAACAUCUAUUUCCAACAAAGAGGCAGAUAAAAUUCCAUACAAUCUGCAGAUUAAACCUCCAGCAUUACCACCACGACAGGGAGAAAAAUCAGACAGGAUCAAUGUAGGACAAUAUUCCUAUGCAAAAAUGUCCAGUCUUGAAGCAAGAUUAGAAAGUGCUGAAGAAAGUAUACAGAAAAUUACUUUCACAGACAAUAAUUAUGUUCCGAUGUCAUCUCAAUUAAGAGGUCCUAAUAUAUUUGAAUCUGAUGACACGGAACAUUCAAAAGAAAAUGAUUAUGUAAUUAUGCGAUAGUAUUUGUAAUGAUUAUUGAUUUGACUGAAGUUGAUACAAUCGGGUUAGAGUAAAAUAUAUAUGAAGUUAUUGUCUUCUGGCAAACAUCUACUUUAUAUUUUCGCAAAAUAGUGAUGAGUGUUAGUUUGGUUUGAAGAGUACCUAAUCGCUCACCUGCCAAAAUAUUGUUUGUAAUGUUACUAAAUAAACGAUAAUUUU